UAUCCCCACCCACACGAAUCACACCGUCUAAUAUUUGCAAAAUUGAAAUUUCAAAAGCUCGAGAGGGAGGAGGAGCGAGAGACCAAAGAAAGAAAGCCCAUUUUGCUCCUCUCUCUCUCUCUCUCUCUCUCUCCCUUUCGUACCCUUCCUUUCGAUUUCUCUCUCUACAGUACAUCCAUCCCAUCUCUCUCUCCUCCCCGCCGAUACACGCUCGCGCAUUCGUACGCGCGUUUUCUAAUCGAAGGUUUCGUUUGAUUCGGGCCAAUCCAACAUUGGUACGAUUUCCUCGCGAAUCUCAGCUGCAAAACGACAGAGUUUCGGGGGUUUUGAAUUUUGUUAGUUGUUGAAUUUGAGGGGAUUCGAGGAAUUCGUGUGUUUUUGGGACGGAUUUUAAUGAAUUUGAGUGUUUUCGAGUGAUUGUGCUGGUGGCUGGUGCUCAGUGGAUUUUGAGUUUGUUUGGAGGUGAUGGAGAGAGGGGGUGAAGGAGGGGAUAAUUUCCCUCCGAAAAAGGCUCAGGCGGAUACGACGACGCCGUCGGAUUUGCCGGCGAAGAGGCAGCUGGAUUUUGGCGGUGCAUCGGCGGCGGCUUUGGUGGUGUUGCCGGAGCACCCUCAGCAACCGGUGGCGGCUCAGCCGCUGGUGCAGCCGCCGCCUCAGCCGCAGCCUCAGCCUCAGCCUCAGCCGCAGCUACUGUCGGUGCCUCCGAUUAUGCAGUCGCAGUCGCCUCUUCCGUCAAUACGACCUAUAAAACCGGAGUCCCCUAAAACGCUUGCAAGAAAAAAUGUUGAAGCAAAAGACGGUACUCCGAAGAAGCAAAAACAGUGCAACUGCAAACAUUCAAAAUGCUUGAAGUUGUAUUGUGAGUGCUUUGCAUCUGGCAUCUACUGUGAUGGGUGCAACUGUGUGAAUUGUCAUAAUAAUGUGGAAAAUGAGGCUGCCAGGCGAGAAGCUGUUGAAGCUACCUUAGAGCGUAAUCCAAAUGCAUUCAGGCCAAAAAUUGCCAGCAGUCCGCAUGGCAGUAGGGAUAUCAAGGAGGAGGUUGGGGAAGUUUUGGUGUUGGUAAAGCACAACAAGGGAUGCCAUUGCAAAAAAUCAGGGUGUCUCAAAAAAUAUUGCGAGUGCUUCCAAGCCAAUAUUCUAUGCUCCGAAAACUGUAAGUGCAUUGACUGCAAAAAUUUUGAAGGCAGUGAAGAGAGGCAAGCUCUCUUUCACGGAGACCAUGCCAACAACCUGGCAUAUAUCCAGCAGGCAGCAAAUGCUGCCAUCACUGGUGCUAUUGGUUCCUCCGGCUAUGGUUCCCCUCCAGUAUCCAGAAAAAGGAAAGGUCAAGAUCUCUUAUUUGGGCCAACAGCCAAAGAUCCAUCUGUUCACAGGCUUGCGCAAUUCCAGCAGGUAAACUGUCUAAAUGCUUCUGCUCACUCUCCUUCAUUGGCUUCCCCUCCCGUUGCGCCUGUUGGAAACAGUGCAUCGUUGGGCCCUUCGAAAUCUACAUACAGGUCGCUCUUAGCAGACAUCAUCCAACCACAGGACUUGAAGGAGCUUUGUUCCGUUUUGGUGGUGUUUUCAGAAGAAGUCGCCAAGACUCUAACAGACCAAAAAAAUGCAAUGGAGAGGCAGGCGGAAGAUCGGAUACAAAUCCAGAAGGAUUCCGAAAUUGAGAAAGCUGUAGCUGAUGAUUGCUCAAGCGGAAACCGUGUUGAGAAAAUUAGCCCUAGUGAGUCCACUUCAGAUGGUGCAGAUGUAUCGACAGGGAGGCCAAUGUCUCCCAGAACUCAGGCAUUGUGGUGUGACGAACAAGAUACAUUUAUGGCUGCUGCUUCUCCGAAAGGGUUAAUGGGCAGUGAUCCUAACACAUCUUCACAUUUGCCGCACGGGAAAGGCAAGACAGAAGUUUAUGUGGAGCAAGAGAGGGUAAUUUUGACAAAGUUUCGAGAUUGUCUUAACCGGCUUAUCACUUUUGGAGAAAUAAAAGGAGAAACAAAGUAUUCUCCAUUGGCCAGAACCGAUCCAGGAGUUCUAAAAGACCCAUUAAGCAAUGGCACUGCAAAUGCCGGAACAGAAACAAGGAAUCAACAGGAACCAUUCAACAACGGUGUUGCGAAAAUUGCUCUUCCACCAAUGCCCAUGGCAUCACAAGUAAUUACUUCACCAACAAUUGAUUCAAAGAAUGACCCGCUUUCGAAUAUCCCAUUCCCCGCAAAAAUGGGGAGCUAAAAUUGGCCCGGUGAUUGGGAGAUGUAAAAAGGUUUAGGAGAGAGAAGAUUCAACCGCAGGUACGAUGCUCUCAGUCUCUGUAACUUGAGGCCAUUGUUGGCGUUUUAUUGAUGCAGCAGCAGCAAGGGUGUAGCGGCUGAUACGUUUCUUUUACUGUCCAUUAGCUUUUUAUUUAUGUAGAUUUUCAGUUAUCUAUUGUUACCAUCUUAGCUUGUAUCACUAGCAUCUAGGGUACCUUUAUCCAAUUACAUUACUGACAAACAAAGAGCAGUUUUCUAAUAUCUAUGGUCUUAUAACUUAGAAUUACCUAUCCAAUAAAGAUAUAAGUAUUUCAUAUCUGAA